AUGCAUCAAUGCGCCGCUUGUCAUUCAACGGUUGACGAUUACGAUUUCUUAGAAUGCUACACCUGUUUAUGUUUUUAUCAUGGCCAGUGCGUUGGUGUUUCGCCCACCGAAUUCGAGAGACUCUCUUCUGACACCAAGAUGAGUUGGAUAUACCCUGAGUGUCGCAGCAAAAAACCGCGCAGUGAUAAUUCAAAUACGCUGGUCCGUCCGUCAACACCUACUAAUAGUGCCCACGCCGACGCCAAUGUGACAUCACGCCGUGGAAAGCAGGGAACGUCCAAACAAGCGGCCAUAGUCACUUUCGUAGCCGCGCAAAGCGGCUGCUCCGGCUCAUGUGUGUCGCGCGUGGAGCUGCCUGAGUGCUGUGGAGGAGUGGCCGUUGUUUAUUCUGCUUUGUACAAACCAAAUAAUCAAAAUGUGGCAAUCAAGAGAUAUUUUGUGGAUGAAAGUAAGGAGAAAGCAAAUUUGAUACAGCAAGAUAUCCUCACAAGGAAAGAACUACAGCAUCCCAACAUUCUGUCAUACUUGACAUCUUUUGUCCAUGGCAGAGAGUUGUAUGUGGUUUCCCCAUUAAUGAAUUUAGGGUCAUGUCGUGAUAUUCUUGAUCGCUAUUUCCAAGAAGGUCUCCCAGAGCUUGCCUGUGCUAUUAUAUUGAAAGAUGUCCUACUGGCUUUACAGUAUUUACACAAGCAACUGUUUGUUCACAGGAGCGUCCGUGCUAGUCAUGUACUUUUGGACACAAAUGGUAGUGUAAAACUGUCAGGACUCCGUAGUGCCGCCUCUAUGAUGGUGCGUGGCAGGCGCCAGCGUCAACUUCACAAUCUUCCUCCACCUGAUCACGAUAAUGCUAACUUGAUGUGGCUCAGCCCAGAGUUAUUAGAACAAAACUUGAAGGGCUAUGACGAACGUUCAGACAUUUAUUCACUGGGCGUGCUGUGCUGCGAACUUGCCAAUGGCGCGGUUCCCUUUGCGGAAGUACCCACUACCCUCAUGUUUACGGAGAAAGUGAGGGGAAGCAGGCCUCAGCUACUCGAUUGCUCGUCGUUUCCGGAGCCUCUUGACGAUGGAGAGAUGAAGAGUAUGUAUAACACGGACAGUGGAGUGGGUGACAGUGCCGACGGGGUUUCUCGACUGCGGCAAGUGUAUGCAAACAGAAAGCUGUCCGACACCUUCCAUCACAUCAGUGAGAUGGCACUGCAGAGAGAUCCAGAGCGACGGCCGUCUGCAACUCAGCUUCUGAAUCAUGCUUUCUUCAAGCAAAUAAGAAAAACAGACUUCUUGCCGAGCCUCAUCGGCCGCGUGAAGCCCAUCAAAGCAGACCCUAGUGACAUGUCAGCUUUAUUAUUGCAAGAGAAAUUAUCAGAGAUGGAGAUAGAGAAGCAAACAGAGUGGGACUUUUAG